GCAGAUUUAGAGCAUUAAUCGAGUUUUGCUAUUAUUUAAUUGUGGAAAUAUACAGAAUUUUACAGGUGGCGUGUGUGUAUACAGGUGUGCAGGUGUUGUAGAGUAUAGUAGUUAUAAUGUGGUGUGUAUGAGUGAGUGACUGUGUGUGUGUGUGUGUGUGUUUGAACGCUGUUUAAUCCCGAGCACUAAGACCUGGCGGGGCGGCUCGUCGUCUUCGCCUCCGCGCAGGGUUUGGGUGGAAGAUGGCGCUGGGCGAAUGGAAAUCCUAAUGACAGUUUCCAAAUUCGCCUCUUUUUGUACCAUGGGCGCCAAUGCCUCCGCUUUGGAAAAAGAGAUUGGCUCGGAGCAGUUCCCUGUCAACGAGCACUACUUUGGACUGGUCAAUUUUGGAAACACCUGCUACUGCAACUCCGUGCUCCAGGCUCUGUACUUCUGCCGGCCGUUUCGUGAGAAGAUCUUGGCCUACAGGAGUCAGCCGAGGCGUAAAGAGAACCUGCUCACCUGCCUGGCUGACCUGUUCCACAGCAUCGCCAACCAGAAGAGGAAGGUGGGGGUUAUCCCCCCGAAGAAGUUCAUCACAAGACUACGGAAAGAAAAUGAGCUGUUCGAUAACUACAUGCAACAGGAUGCACACGAGUUCCUGAACUACCUGCUAAACACUAUCGCUGACCUCCUCCAGGAGGAGAGGAAGCAGGAUAAACAGAAUGGAAAACUGGCCAACGGCACACUCGAUUCACAGAAGAAUAAUGGUUCCCCACCGGCCACCACCUGGGUACACGAGAUCUUCCAGGGCACGCUGACCAAUGAGACGCGCUGCCUCACCUGCGAGACGAUAAGCAGCAAAGAUGAGGACUUCUUGGAUUUGUCUGUGGAUGUUGAGCAGAACACUUCAAUCACACACUGCCUCAGGGGAUUCAGUAACACAGAGACCCUGUGCAGUGAAUACAAAUACUACUGUGAGGAAUGUAGAAGUAAACAGGAGGCGCACAAAAGAAUGAGGGUGAAAAAGCUACCCAUGAUCUUAGCCCUUCAUCUGAAGAGGUUUAAGUAUAUGGAGCAGCUUCAGCGCUACACUAAGCUAAGCUACCGCGUGGUCUUCCCCUUGGAGCUCCGUCUCUUCAACACAUCCGGAGACGCCACUAAUCCAGAGAGGCUUUACGACCUGGUGGCUGUGGUGGUGCAUUGUGGAAGUGGGCCCAAUCGUGGACACUACAUCGCUAUUGUAAAGAGUCAUGACUUCUGGCUGCUGUUUGAUGAUGACAUUGUAGAGAAAAUUGAUGCCCAGGCAAUAGAAGAGUUCUACGGACUUACCUCGGAAAUCUCCAAGAACUCUGAGUCGGGCUACAUUCUCUUCUACCAGUCCAGAGACUGAGAUUGUUAGAAAGUGAGCCCCCUCCUGGACACCUGGGGAACAGGCCUGCCCUGUUGUAUCCCACCUGAGCAGGCUGGCCCAAAACCCCCCACCACCACUCCCACGUGUCCCCGGCCUUCCCCCGCAAGUCUGCUGUGGCAGUCUGGACAUGAUGCAGUUCCAGGGUUGUUUGAAAGUCGUGUGAAGGUUGUGUGUACACUGUGAGAAUGUUUCCUCCCACUGAGCGAAUCGUGAAUCAUGAAGCAGAAACAUGCUAAGUGUAAAGGGUUGUACGAUAGAUACAACAGGCGUCAACUGUCCUUUCAUGCUGCGACCUUUCUAAAGCCUGUGAGUUUGAUUUGACCAAAGGCUUGUGCAUGGGGAAAUAGGGGUGUGUCCUAAAAGAGGGGGGAGGGGCUUAAAGCUCAAAGUAAUGGGGGGCUUUGUGGGUAUAAGUAUUUCUACCUUGUACAGAGUGGUAUUUGUAUAAAUAUUAUGAAAUUAUAAUAUUCCUGAUUAUAGGUGAAAACAAAGAUUGAAUCUGAAAAUAUGUAUAACACUAUGGUGCACUUUUGAUACAGUUUUGUAGGUGUUGGCAGGUUAAUGUGAGGGUUUGCUUGAGACGGCCUGUUGUGAAAUAAUUUUCUGUUUUAAAGAAAACGAAAAUAAAGUGUAUAGUUCAAGA